ACCCACAUUUUCAAAUCUAAAAGGGAGCUUGAGUCCGUUGUUCUUCAGUUCUAUUUGCCCCGUUCGACUUACUUUAGACCUCUUUCUAACGUCAUCUAUCGAUUUCUUUCUCUUGCCAAAUACUCUUCUUUGCUUAUCUCAAAAGGGUAUUUCUCUGAAUUCCUUGUCGGAGCUCAUCGUGAUCUCUGUGAUUCCAAGUAUACCUUUUUUUCCUUCUAUGUAUAUAUGUGAGUGUUCUCUGUUGUUCGGAAGAAGCUGCUGAGCUUUUUGCCUUAAUGGGUUCAAGGUCAUCCUUUUCAAUGAAGCCAAUUGAAAAUGGUGAAAUUGACUUGGAAGGUGGUAAAUCAGGGAAAGACACGGAUAAGUCAGUACGUAGUAACAGAGUUAAAAUACACAAUCAGGCCUUAUUAUCAGGCCUUGCAUACUGCAUUUCCUCAUGCAGCAUGAUUCUGGUCAACAAGUUUGUGCUCUCCAGCUAUGAUUUUAAUGCUGGGAUAUCUUUGAUGUUAUACCAGAAUUUCAUUUCAGUGAUUAUUGUGUCUAUAUUGAGCACGACGGGCAUAAUAUCAACAGAACCACUAACAUGGAGAUUAAUAAAGGUGUGGUUUCCUGUCAACAUGAUAUUUGUUGGCAUGCUUGUUACCAGCAUGUUCAGCCUGAGAUACAUCAAUGUCGCUAUGGUCACAGUUCUGAAGAAUGUCACUAAUGUGAUAACUGCAGUGGGUGAAAUGUAUCUGUUCAACAAGCAUCAUGAUAGUAGAGUGUGGGCUGCUCUGUUCUUAAUGAUCAUUUCAGCAAUUUCUGGAGGAAUUACAGAUCUAUCUUUUCAUGCUGUUGGCUAUGCAUGGCAGAUCAUUAACUGUUUCUUAACUGCAUCAUAUUCUCUGACUCUACGCAGGGUCAUGGACACUGCAAAGCAAGUUACAAAAUCUGGAAACUUAAAUGAAUUUUCCAUGGUCCUACUAAAUAACACUCUUUCAAUACCUCUGGGGAUUCUUCUUGUUUUCAUUUUUAAUGAGGUUGAUUAUCUUUCCAGAACGCCACUUUUGAAGUUGCCUAUGUUCUGGUUGGUAAUGACCUUAAGUGGAUUUUUGGGUCUUGCUAUCAGCUUCACUUCAAUGUGGUUUCUUCAUCAAACAGGAGCUACCACAUAUAGUCUUGUGGGAUCACUGAAUAAGAUACCUCUUUCUGUCGCUGGCAUUGUUCUUUUCCAUGUACCUACGAGUUUGGAGAACUCUGCGAGUAUCUUCUUUGGUCUCUUGGCUGGGGUAUUUUUUGCUAGAGCCAAAAUCCGGGAGAAAUCUCAAUCAUGACAGGUUGUAUCUCCCUACUAUGUACACGGGUUAUAAUUUUUUGUUCACGUUCUGUGUAAUUGUGAUCGAACUAAAAGCAACCACACCCUUUCAUCAAUACGGGAAUGAAUCCAAGUGGAUUUGAUUGAAGAGAGAAUAGAGUCAUGGAAGCUUUCCUGCAGUAGUUUUUCGUUGUUAUUUCGACAAAUGUUUCCCUUAGCAGAUGGGUGUCUUACAGGAUGCAAAACAGCAUUUACUUUUUUGUUGUAUUAAAGAAUGGGCGCUGCCGAAAUUUCCCAUUUAAAAUUGUAUUUUGAUAUA